AUGCCGGACCUCGACGAUGCGCAUUAUCUCCUGGAGAAGCCAUCGGCGUCUGCCGGGAGCCAGUUCUGGCGCUUGGCUAUUGUGACAGGGCUCGCAGGCGCCUGUCUCAUGAUACUGGCAGCCCUGUCAUCGGGCUCUCACGUCUCGGGCGAGGCAUCACCCCGUGUUUUUGGCCUGGUGCCGCCCGAAGGCUUAGAUCUCAGAACAGGGAUGAGCCGACUGGCAAAACUCGAGGGUCUGUCCGAGCUACCUCCGCGGAUAACAAGCCAGAUUGCUGCGCUCCCUGCGACACCCCCUGCCGCGACGCGGGGGUUGAGGGACGUGGCCAGGGCAAUCAACUUCCACAGGCCGACCGCCAUGGAGACGGAGUCAUACAAGAUGUCGCAGUGCGUAGGUGCCGUGUACGACAUGGCCAACUACGUGGGGUGGGCUGGUUUGAACAUCGACGCUCUGACCAUAGGGGGCACCUGCCCCGAUAAAUCCGAUGACAAGAGCUGCUCAGCAAAUGUUGUGGGCUUGAUCUUCAACCUCUUGUGGGUGGUUGCGAAUGCUGCGCAGGUCCCCGUGUGGUGUUUGGCCGAGAACAUGACCGACUCCUAUCAUUCUCACGCUGUGUCCUGCGUGGUCGCCUUCAGCGUUUUUUUCGCCACGACGCUGCAGCUGACAUCCGAUGCGCUGUCGGCAAGGAGCGACUGUGACUUCAGCAUCGAAGACGAGGAUUGGGAGCGCUUUCCCGGCCUCAACAGAUUCAAAGCCCGAGUCCGGCGGCGCCUUGACGAUCUUAAGCAGUCUGCCCUUCAGCGGCCUCAUCCGGUUUUGUCUCAGCACAACACAUCGCGAAUUGCACGGCUGCCUCCCAAUAAGUGGGUCAGCUAUCAAGACCGGCUUCUGCAAGAUAUUGCGGACUUGGGCCCGGACGCCACGCGCGAUCUGGAGAAGGGCGUGUGUGCGCUGAUCAUCGCCCAGACGAUCAACGACGUACCCUACACCGGCACCGACAUCUGGGCCCUCGUGAAUGCUUGCGGAGAGUUGGGCUGGAAGGAGGGUGACGACUACAAGGCAGCCCAAGAGGACUGCGCAGCGGGAUCUAUAGCAGUCAUUGCAGAUUUGGUUAACCUCGUGACGGACAUCGCGGUGAUCAUUGCAGCCUGCCCUGCGCAAAGGCCGCGCAAGACGGCCUGCGUUGCGCUUUCGAGCGACAUGGCCACCAAUGUGCUUUCGAUAGGAGCUUGGCUACUGACGGUGGACCAUAGCUGCAACCUGAAUCACAGUGAGAUGCCGGACUUAAUCGACCUUACAGUGGCGAGUUAG